AUGGAGGUGCUGGUCAAAAAAACUCAUUUUGCUGCAGCUGACGUCCAUCGGAUCGUUGGGAAGAACAUUCGGGACUUACUUCAGCACUGCCGCCACGCGGAUGCGUCCUUAUGCAAAGCUGCCCACAUAACUCUUGAGAACGCCAUGUUUAAAGGGUGCUUCCCGUUUGCACGGCAGCUGAUCGCAGAAGGCAUGCUGGGCUUGAUGGAAGAAUUUCUUUCGGACCCCACCGACAUCUGCGACCUGACCUUAACGCAGGUGCUGAACUGCGCGAGCCAUUUCAGAACUGUUCUGCGUUCACUUUCCAAACUUCAGCGGCAACAGUGGGCGUCCCUGUUGGUCAGAACUCUACACCUUCGGCCCAAGCAGCUCCAACAGAAACUAGUUGAGGACCUGCAGAUCCUUUGGCGAACUGAUGAUGAUCCCAGCCGAACCUUCGCCGAAGAAGAGCGGCAGCUCCGGAUAUUCUACAAGACCGUGAGCUCUGAUUUGGAGCCGAAACUGGCGGAGCUCAUUUGGCAAUGCUGA